AAGCGCAAACCUGGCAACUUGCGCGCUAAACUGGCAAUGCGGAAACAGAUCUGGCACCUCCGGAGAGGCGUGACGGAGUGGAGAAGCGUCGGAAAGAUAAAAGAACUCUUUUGUUUUGUUUUUAAGCGCUCAGGUGCGCUGCUUUCCAGCUAAUUAAAGUGCAGGAAGAAGAAGAAGAAGAAGAAGUGGCAGGUUGGGAUUCUUUCCGCAGCAGCAUGGACGUGUUGGCCAAUUACAGUAUUUUCCAGGAACUCCAACUUGUGCAUGACACCGGUUAUUUCUCGGCGAUGCCCUCACUGGAGGAGAACUGGCAGCAGACUUGUCUGGAGUUGGAGAGGUAUCUCCAGACAGAACCCAAGCGGCUGUCGGAGCUAUUUGACGAGGAGCUGGACUGCCUCCUCACGCCGGCCUUCAUGCACGGCGGUGACAGUGAUGAAGACCUGCUGGACCCCCUCCUCCCCAGCCUCCCUGACCAGCCCAGUCCUCCUCCUUUACUGGUGUCUCUACCCAAAGUCCAGGCCAAGAUCCUCCAGGUGUCCACCCACAAGAAAAGUCUAUCAGAUGUAGGAAUUGACACCAUCACAACCAAGGACCACUCUGGAGGCAUCAGUGCUGCACAGCUUAGUGCCUCAGUCACGUCCCUAACGCCGCCAUCAUCUCCGGAGCUCGGCCGCCACCUCGUCAAACCCACACAAACUCUGACUGCCAUGGCAGACGGAACUCUAACGCUCAAACUGGUGGCAAAGAAAAUGGGGUUGGGGGCUGCGAAGUUUGUGGCGGCACAAGCGUUACCCUCGCCACCGGGCCGAGGAGGAGCCCUGAGUGACGGCGAACAAGGAGGAAGUCUGGGAGGCGAUGUCCUGGAGAACAAAAAGAGAAUCCACCGAUGCCAAUUUAACGGCUGCAGGAAGGUUUAUACCAAGAGUUCCCACCUGAAGGCGCAUCAGCGGACGCACACGGGUGAGAAGCCCUACAAGUGCUCAUGGGAGGGCUGCGAGUGGCGUUUUGCACGCAGCGACGAGUUGACGCGACACUACCGCAAACACACCGGAGCCAAGCCGUUCAAGUGCAACCACUGCGACAGGUGUUUUUCCCGGUCGGACCACCUGGCUCUGCACAUGAAGAGGCACAUCUGAGCGGAGAACCAUGUAGAGCCGGAGAGAGGAGGAAGGGGAGGAGGAGAGACAGGAGAAGAGAGCGCGAUGGGCAAUCGGGCCACGCCCAAACGACAGCCGGAGGCCACCACGCCUGCAGGGGGCGUGUGUCUACCUGAGGCUGGCGUGGACAUCUUUCUCAUCGCGGAGAGAAAGAACAGGAGAAGUAGCUAGAUUGUUGUUUUUCUUUCAAUACUACACAUUACACAACCGUCUUUGAAUGCAUCAUCACAGUGAACUCCAGAGGGCGCUGCCGCACAUCUCUGGGGGUUUGGACGCUGCCAAUCUCACUUAUCGUUCACUUUUCUGAUCAAACACAGC